UAUGAGAAGAAUGACUGGACAUUCACUUGGAGGUGCUUUUGCAUCAUUUGCUUCAGCACGAACAGUUAAAUCGGAAAUUAAAAGGAGUGGUCAAGUCCAACUCUAUACUGUUCAGCCACGUUUGGGCAAUGCCGAUUUUGCAUUUGCACAUGACAAACUUGUUCCAAUGAGUUUUCGAGUUGUCCAUCGAAUGGAUAUUGUGCCUCAUAUGCCAGCUUGUGAUAAAACCGACAAUUGGCCUGGUGUGCGUCCCAACAACAACAGCAAACCUGCAAUCGUCAUGGAAAAGGAAAAGCUUACCAUCAUGAAACUGAGAUUUGGUAUCCUUACACUUAGCUUGUUAUCCUUUCUAUUUGUGCUUGGAUGUUCUAACUUGCUGGGUAAACUACAAAGUUUGGGUAUAUUUAUUAAAAAUUUUGAUUUUUUUAUAUUUUUUAAAUAA